AUGGCGAAGGCGGGUGGGCGCGCGUGCACGCUCGGGGGUGGCGGCUGGGCCGCCGGGCAUCCCCAGGGGCGCGCCCCGGGGGUGCACCCUGCGUGGCCUGAGCGGGGAUGGGAGGGGGUAGGGAGCGAUGCCGCCGCCUCCGUGGUCCGCAGGAGCUGCAAACUCAUCUUCAAGGGCCAGGAGACAGUUAAGGCCCACGUGCUGGUCGAUCCUUUCUGGGGGCAAUUUAUCACUUUACAUAAGGCCUGUUGGAAACGCCAGGAUGCCCGUGUUUACGUGGAUGAGUGGGAGCUACUUAGCAUAAAGUCUGGAGAGCCCAGGAGGAAGCAGCCUCCUCUUCAGCCCGAGAGAGGACGGCGCCUCUGGAAGAGAGCCCCACUGAGAUGCCUUCGGUCUACGGUGUCCUCCCGGGGCCCUGCGGCCACAGCAAGCCCCGGCCACCCAAACCCCGGGAAGCACAGUCAGGUGACAAGAGGAUGCCUGGGUGCAGGACAGUGCUCCCUGUGUCCAGACAUCCUGCAGCCCAGGUUUGAUGACCGCAAAGUGUCCAGGAGGCAGACAUUCGUCGUGAUGCUGAUAAUGAAGAAUAGUAAACUUGAGUGGAUUCAGCAAAUUCAGAAGGCUUUGAAAGAUUGA